CCUAACCAUCUGUUGUAUGAGCGUGUGUGGUAUUGUGUGGGCGUGGCCACUGACCACUGACCACUGUCCAGCCCGGGGUGUGUGGGCCAGGCCCUGUGGUGCCCAGUGGUCAGUGUGUUGUCCACUUCCUCCUCUCCUCUCACCUGACAGGACGUGCCGUGCCAGACAUUAUGUUUCACCUGAUCAUCUUGAGCGUUCUCUUGGCAGUUUCCCGCGGCCAACAGAUCACCCCUGGCUACAGCGCUGUGUGCACCAUCGUGGACGGUCUGAACUGUGCCGGAACUAACUACAAGCCUGUGUGUGGGACUGACAAUGUCACUUACAAGACCGAAUGUGACUUCGCCAAGGCUCACUGCAAAGACGUCAAACUAUCGGUACAGAACGAGGGAACCUGUGCCAAUGUGUGAGUUUGAGAAGGCCAAGUGCAGGGACGAGUCUCUCAGUCUCACCAAGGUCGGCCCGUGCUGAACUCACGCACACUCGGGGAUGUCGGGACCGGUAACUUACUGCUCACCUUUACUGCUCACCUUUACUGCUCACCUUUACUGCUCACCCUUUCUGCUCACACUGAGGCCCGGAGGAACGUGCCACGAAACAGCUGGGCCCGCACUGAUAAUAAUGUCUCCAUUUCUAAUAAAGUUGUACAGGAUGUACAGGAUUUGAGACUGUCGGUGAGAAGAUUAGAAUCUAAUC